GGCUCAUUAUCAUUAUUAUUUAAACAAGAAACUGAUGCGACAGAAUUGAGUUUCUUAGCUGAUCUAGAAAUUAUAGGACUAGAAAUUAUUGGUUUACACAAGCCAGGCACCUUGAUGGCAUUUUUACAAAAACUGACUGUGAGAGAAUCAGUCUUGGACAAUUUGAGCCUGACAAAAUAUGAAAGACCGGGCGAUUUUAUAGAUGAUCCGCGUAAUAGCCUGAAAGAUGCAAAGCUCAAUUUCGAUGAAGCGCUGGAGUUGGCAAAAGUUCAAACGCUUAGAUUGGUUACUGCUGUUUUCUACGACCAGCAGGAUAUAACAUUUUUGGCAAAACUCAAUCAAAUUAAGUGCUUGAUCAUCGUUUCAAACAAAUGUGGAUCGUUGAAAACUUUAUUCGAGGCCAUUGCCUUAGAAGACGAUACCGAGCUUACAAACAUAACCAUUGAAGAGGAGCCCAUCAGUGCAGAAGAAGCGCAAGAGAUUGGCAAAAUUCAAUCAUUAACUCACUUAGAGUGCAGCUUUCGCAACAUAGCAAGUAUGGAAUAUCUUACAAAUCUACAGAACCUAAAUGGCUUAAUAAUAAACUCUAAAUACAAGCUAUCUGAACUAGCUGAUGCCAUGUUGAAGUUCCUCGUAAACACCAAGAGUGGUGAUGUAGGCGUUUAUCCACGAGAGACUUGCAUUCAAUACACUGAGGAUAUGAGAGCCCUAAGUGUAGACCUAACUUUAGCUGAUAGUCCCAUAAACACUGCCGAUUGCGCACAGCUGGUGAAAAUUCCCAACUUAAGAGAACUAGUUAUAAACGGAAAUCAACAGGAUGCACUGCUGCCACUCCUUAAGGCGUUUGCUACUUACGAUCAACCAACACUGCAAGAACUACGUGCCUAUGGUUAUCCUUUUAGUUGCCAUGAAGUUGCUGAAAUCGCUAAAAUAAAAACUCUCAUGUAUUUGGAUUGCACAUUCAAGGACUUUAAUAGUAUUGUGCUGUUGGGUCAGUUGCCAAAACUUAUACGCCUGUAUAUACCCUCAAUUCAAGAUUUUCAAACUAUUUCCGAGGGCCUGCUGAGUAUCUUAAGAUCAUGCCAAUAUGAAGUGACCAUAAGUCGCACCGCAUUACAUUGCAUCAACUGGAUCAAUAAUAAUGGUAAACUAACAAUAACAAGCGAUAGCUAUAACCGCGAGCUUCUGGAUGCGCGGCAAUAUUCCUGCUUGGCCAAAUUAGAAAAUAUCCAACAUUUACGAAUUCUUGGCGAGCACAAAACUGGCAGCUUCAAAGAUCUAUUCCAAGGUAUGGCCUGCUCAGCUCUCCAAGAAGUUUCAAUAGAACAACGCAAGCAUUACCCAAAUCAAGUCGAAAUAAACUUUGAAGAAAUUGAAGCGCUAUCUAAACUAAAAACUCUUAAACGAUUAACAUGCGGCCUGGCAGCUGCAGAAAAUACAAAGCAGCUUGCACUAUUGUCAGAGUUACAAGAAUUAACUAUCUCGACACAUCAACUGGGAUCCCUUAGAAACUUAUUUGAAGCAAUAGCCAAUCAAAAACAUCCUAAACUUGAACGAUUAGUUAUUGCUAACGUAUCACUUGAUCCUGACGAAUGCCUUCAGGUCUCGAGAAUUACGUCGUUAAAAAAGCUCGAGCUAGGUAUUUCUGAUGGUGAAAAUAUUCAAAUUUUUUCACAAUUGAAUCAACUUGAAGAACUGACUUUGACCACACAUAAGCUCGGCACAUUAGCUACACUAUUCAAAGCAUUGGCUGCAUUAUCAAUUGAAUACUUGAAUAUGGAGAAGGUGCCACUUACUUUGGAAGAAACUACAGCACUUGUGGGCAUUAGGUCGUUGAAGAAACUGCAAAGCGGAUUUGAGAAAUCAGAAUGCAUUGAGCUACUAGCAGAACUAAACUGUCUGAAAGAACUAACUGUUUUACUUGAUGAUACUGUCGAGCUUUCAUUUGAUGCCUUGAGCCAAUUACAAACUUUACAACGCUUAACAUUAAAAGGCGUAGACAUUAAUUCUAAGCAGGCAGAGGAAAUCGCUAAAAUUAAAUCACUUUCUAACUUGGAUUGUCUUUUUCCGCAUGUUAAUAUUAGUGGUGAAAGAACAGCAAGUGAGCUAGUAACACUUUUCAAUGAGUUAUGUGUAGGCCAAGUGCCUUUACGUAGCUUAGCUGUCGUUGCUGAACUCACUUCGAAUGAGAUUGCUGAGCUGAAAAAGUUAAAAACAUUGCAGAACCUCAAAUGCGGAUUCAGCCAUGAGAACAACUUUAAGAUUUUAAAACAUUUCAAAGAACUUGAAACGCUGGAAAUUCUAAGCUACCAUCAUUUUAAUGACGUUUCCAAACACCUGCUGAAGCUCAUGAAAAAUUGUCAUAAGUUAAAAUCAAUUGUUUUUCAUUUUAUCAGUCCGCAUAUUAGCCUGAAGUUCCUAGCUGAAGCCUUAGACAUUCUCAAGUCUGUCAGGGAUCCCAAUUUACAAGCUCCACUGCAGCUGAAAACAAAUUAUUUUAAAGGAUUUACUCCAGAGCAACUGCCUAUCAUGGAUGAAGCCUAUUUGCAAAUCUCCAAGUUUAGAGACAAUGAUGAUUUCUAAGAACUACGCUUCAAGCUGCGUUUGUUAAAUUAAACAAAAAGUUUUUAUGCAAAUGCUUAAUAAAAAAUUCUUCGAAUUUGUACGUGCA